AUGGGUCAACAGCAGUCUAACCUAGGCGGCGGCCCUGGAGGUGAUGGACGCGAUGACAAGGAUAAGAAGAAGGACAAGCCUAAAUACGAACCUCCCCCACCACCUACCACUCGUCUUGGAAAGAAGAAGCGCAAGGCUGCAGGCCCAAGCACUGCCUCCAAGCUCCCCGAUAUCUACCCUACAUCGCGAUGCAAGCUACGAUACCUUCGCAUGCAGCGUGUUCACGACCACCUACUGUUAGAAGAAGAGUACGUUGAGAACAUGGAACGAAUGCGCAAGGCCAAGGCCCAGGCCACCCAGGAUCCUAGCCGAGGUGGUGACUUGGAUGUGAUGGAUCGGAACGCUGAUGAGCGGAGUCGAGUUGAUGACAUGCGAGGCAGCCCGAUGGGCGUCGGCAACUUAGAAGAGUUGAUUGACGAUGACCAUGCUAUUGUCUCAAGCGCUACCGGCCCGGAGUACUAUGUCUCGAUCAUGUCUUUCGUCGAUAAAGAUCUCCUCGAGCCAGGUGCCAGCAUCCUUCUACACCACAAAUCAGUGUCCGUCGUUGGUGUACUGACGGAGGAGUCUGAUCCCCUUGUCUCAGUGAUGAAGCUGGAUAAGGCGCCGACAGAGUCAUACGCUGAUAUUGGUGGUCUGGAGCAACAAAUCCAGGAAGUUCGAGAAUCAGUGGAGCUGCCUUUGCUACACCCAGAGCUGUAUGAGGAGAUGGGUAUCAAGCCCCCCAAGGGUGUGAUUCUUUACGGUGCCCCAGGUACAGGAAAGACGCUACUUGCCAAGGCUGUUGCCAACCAGACCAGCGCGACCUUCCUCCGAAUCGUUGGUAGUGAGCUCAUCCAGAAGUAUCUGGGUGAUGGCCCCCGCCUGGUUCGCCAGAUCUUCUCAGUUGCUGCCGAGCAUGCUCCAUCAAUUGUGUUCAUCGACGAGAUUGAUGCUAUCGGUACAAAACGAUAUGAAUCACAAUCUGGCGGUGAGCGUGAAAUCCAGCGUACCAUGCUGGAGCUUCUGAACCAGCUGGAUGGAUUCGAUGAUCGUGGUGACGUGAAGGUCAUCAUGGCUACCAACAAGAUCGAAACAUUGGACCCAGCUUUGAUCCGACCUGGUCGUAUUGACCGUAAGAUUCUCUUCGAGAAUCCAGACCAAAACACCAAGAAGAAGAUUUUCACUCUGCACACUUCGAAGAUGUCUCUCGGUGACGAUGUUGACCUCGAGGAGUUCAUCAACCAGAAGGAUGAUCUCUCUGGUGCUGACAUCCGUGCCAUCUGUACCGAAGCUGGUUUGAUGGCCCUGAGAGAGCGCCGCAUGAGGGUUCAGAUGGACGAUUUCCGGGCUGCUCGUGAGCGCAUCAUGAAGACCAAGCAGGACGGCGGUCCUGUUGAGGGUCUCUACUUGUAA